AUGACCCUCGGAGUACAGAUGUCGAGGCAGGGUUGCCUCACCAUGAGGCAAGCCAUCAUGGAGGCUUGGCGUCAAUUCUCAGAGUGGUAUCAGCGGUUGCUCGACGCAGGCAUGGAAGAGAAUGGGAUCAAACCGGUGCCAAUCGAGAAAAGAACCAACACCCGUUACAACAAUCUCUUUACCGUCUUCUUCACAGGCCUGCUUUGUAUUCUCCCACUUCCGACGGGUAUGCUCGCGACCUUGGUGUUUGGAAUGAGCCUGAGAGAUGCGUCCUUGACUAUAUUGUUCUUCUCGUUGCUGUGUUGUAUACCGCCGGCGUUCAUGGGGUGUGGUGGAUAUCUCACAGGUCUCCGACAGCUGAUCCAAGCUCGGUACUCCUGGGGUUUCUACCUGGUGACAGUGCCACUACUCUUAAAUGCUGCCACAAUCACCGGGUUUACCCUCAUAGCCUCUAUUGUUGGCGGCCAAACGAUCGCCGCCAUAAAUCCCGGCAAUGUUAGUGUCAGCGUGGGCAUCACCAUAACCAUCUUGAUCAGUUUCAUAGUAUCCCUUCUGGGUUUUCGAGCACUUCAUUCAUGGGAACGGUGGAGCUGGAUACCGAAUCUGUUGGCCAUCGUCGUCGCAGUUGGUUGCGGCGGCAAACACCUCUACCAACAAGCGAAAGUUGAGCCUGCCACGGCACCACAGAUUGUUUCGUAUGGUGGACUGAUCGCCGGAUAUUUCCUGACGUUUGGUGGAACAACUUCGGAUUACAGCGUUUAUUACAGACCUGACGCUCCCAAGAUGAAGAUCUUUACUUACAUAUAUUUGGGCCUCCUCACGCCGUCAGUCCCGCUGCUCAUCCUCGGCGCAGCAAUGGGUGGUGCAGUACCUGUGGUAGAAGGAUGGGCAGACGGGUAUGAUACCUACGGCGCGGGAGGUGUUCUAGCCGUCAUGCUCGAGCCUGCAGGGGGAUUUGGAAAGUUUAUCCUGGUCCUUCUUGCUCUGACCGUGCUGGGAAACAUCGCAAUUUCUAUGUAUUCAGUCGCGCUGAAUCUUCAGAUGGUGUUGCCCGUCUUUACUAAGAUCCCUCGGUAUUUGUUCAUUGUUGUGGUCAUCGUCGUAAUGAUCCCCGUGGCAAUUAAAGCUGCCGAGGACUGGGAAGAGUCAUUGGAGAACUUUCUAGCAUUGAUUGGAUACUGGGCAGGCUGCUUCGACGCUGUGUUUAUUGAAGAGCUCGUGGUGUUUCGGAGGAUGGACUUCUCGACAUAUGACCAUGACAUUUGGAAUGUGGGUCGUAAGCUCCCGUCGGGAGUACCUGCUUUGGCUGCAUCACUUCUCUCCAUGGGAUUGGUCGUCCCAGGAAUGGCCGAAGCAUGGUACACUGGGCCAAUCGCCAAGACCACUGGCGACAUAGGUUUCGAAAUGGCCUUCUUCGUAACGGCCAUAUUAUAUUUUCCAUUCCGCUGGUUGGAAAUCAGAUGGCGGGGUCAUCUUUGA